UCCCCUUUGUGCCCCUCCCCUGUCCCCUCCCCCCCCGCCAUGUCUCCGCGUUCCGCGCGCAGCCGCCGGGGGCCGGGUGUUGGUGCCGGGGGGGGGGCGGGAGCAGCCCCCGGGGGAGCCCCCGCGCGCGGCGAUGCGGAGCGGGGCCGGGGCCGUGGCGGGGCCGUGGCCAUGGCGCUGCCGCCGGGCCCCCCCCUGUGCCUGCGCCUCCUGGCCGCGGCCUUCUACGGCCUCAGCUCCUUCCUCAUCGUCGUGGUCAACAAGAGCGUGCUCACCGCGUACGGGUUCCCGUCCUCGCUCUGUGUGGGGUUGGGGCAGAUGGUGGCGACGGUGGCGGUGCUGUGGGCCGGCAAGGCGCUGCGGGUGCUCAGCUUCCCCGACCUGGACAGGCACAUACCCCGCCGGACAUUUCCUCUACCUCUCCUGUACUUCGGGAACCAGAUCACGGGGCUGUUCAGCACCAAGAAGCUGAACCUGCCCAUGUUCACGGUGCUGCGGCGCUUCUCCAUCCUCUUCACCAUGUUCGCCGAGGGCUUCCUGCUCAAGAAGAAGUUCUCCUGGGGCAUCCAGAUGACGGUGUUUGCCAUGAUCAUCGGCGCGUUUGUGGCUGCGAGCGCUGACCUGGCGUUUGACCUGGAAGGGUAUAUUUUUAUCCUCGUUAACGAUGCCUUAACAGCUGCGAACGGUGCCUACGUCAAGCAGAAGCUGGAUUCCAAGGAGCUGGGGAAAUACGGCCUGCUCUACUACAACGCGCUGUUCAUGAUCCUCCCCACCCUCACCAUUGCCUACUUCACCGGAGACGCGCAGAAGGCGAUGGAGUACAAGGGCUGGACAGAUGUGUUUUUCCUCGUGCAGUUCAUGCUGUCCUGCGUGAUGGGGUUUAUUCUGAUGUACUCCACGGUUCUUUGCACUCAGUAUAAUUCUGCUCUUACAACUACAAUAGUUGGCUGCAUUAAGAAUAUUUUAAUAACCUAUAUUGGGAUGUUUUUUGGAGGAGACUAUAUUUUUACAUGGACAAACUUCAUUGGUCUAAAUAUCAGUAUUGCUGGAAGCCUGGUGUAUUCCUACAUCACCUUCACAGAGGAGCAACUGAGCAAGCAGUCCGAAGCUGGCAGCAAGAUGGAUAUUAAAGGAAAAAGCUCUGUGUGACCAGGGGAAUGCUUCACCUGAAAGCAAAGUGUUCCUGCGGAGCUGAUCACCGGCAGAGGACGGCAAGGAAUCAGCGGUGUCUGCUGCAGAGGAAUGUUGAUGCUCUUUAAUUUGCACAAUCCAGAUUGCUGCCUUCAAAAAUCAUGGGGAAGAGAAAUGACUGCACGUGUAAGAAUUCAUCUGAUUAAGGCUGAUUGAUUGUGAGGAAAUCCCGGGGUUUGAAUCACGCGGAGACUUGGCAGGAGAGGCUUGCGCAGGCGGUGCAAGGGUUUGGACUGCAGAGGACUCGUCAGCACCUGGGGAAGGUACACGAGCUGCAAACGUGGUGUCGGAUGGUCCUCGCCAGCCAGUGCCACCCUCAACAGUUGGCCUCGAGGGCUGGUGGCCCUUGGCUCCGUGCCGAGAGGAAGGGGUUUUUAAUACGCCCAGCAGCAUUGACAGGUUUUUAAAGGUUGUCUUAUACAGCACUUCUUUCUAGGUCUGUCCUCAGAUUGUCUUUUGGUUUUAAAAAACGAUUCUUUAUAAUUUUGAGAAAACAUUUUUUUUAGUAAAACUGUGUAUUAGUGAGUUUUUGUACGCUUUCCGUUGGUCACUAGGAGACCAAGCGCCGUAGGCAAUGCGUUUUGUUUCUGGAAGGUAACUGCUAAAAAUGUAACUGGUGCUCAGAGAAGCUGCCUCGAGUGGGCUCGUCCAUGCGAGUGAGACCGGUGGGGACAGAGGGGGGCUGCUGCCCUGUGCCCCCCUCCCAGUGCUGGGGGCUGGGGGCUUGGUGCCACCCAGCAGCUGCUGCAAGACAUUUCCUGACCCUUUUUUAUAGCUUCCUGGGUUUUGUUAAACCCUCGGCUUUGCAACUUGCUGCUGAGCUGCUCUUUUGGUGGGCUGGCAGGUACUCGUGGCACUUCCUUGAGCACACGCUCGUAAGUCACAUUUUUAUUUCCCUCCCCAGGUUUGCUUUGUAUCUUUGCUGUGCUGAGGCAUUUGCAGUCAGGAUGUUGGUUCUGUUGAGAGCUUUUUUUGGUUUAUUUCUGAAUCUACUGGUUAGAUUUAUUGUCCAAACGGUUAAAGUAUUUUUAAAGCUUAUUUUGUUUGUGAACGUGCACACUUCAGUGCCAGGUCUGGAUGGUAUUGUAUGCACUGGGAAAGCCAAGAGUUCCUACAACAGUAUUUUCUAUGCUAUUAAUCUACUAAAUUUGUUUUCUAUACAGAAUCUAUUUACAAAAUUCACCAUUUUAGUGAUUAAAAAGGUGACCUUUUUAUUUGAAUGUAUGGCAGGCUUUAUAUGUAAGUCAGUAAUGAUAGUAAAAAAGGAUUUUAUGUGCCUCUGUAUUUUUGUACCAGCUUCCAAUAAAACCAAUGACCUUCCUUGGA